CUCUAAUUUAUUGGAAAAGGCAGAAGAAAGGGUUUGAAGACACGCGCUAUGAAAAGAGCGUGGGUCGUCUAUUCUCCUAGGAAACUCUUCACAACCAAACCCACCCAACACGCAAGAAGAAGAAACCAACGAAUCCUCGUGAACCCCUAACGCACCCGCCCUACCUUAGCCUUUAGCCUCCCUCCCUCCCUCCCCCAAAAAUUAACGCUUUUCUCCCCUCCUAUUUCUCUCUCUUACAUUUUUCAUGGCCUCCGAGCAGGACGACACCGUUUUUGGCCACGACCUCGACGACGAUGACGACGACGAAGAAUCCUCCCAGUCUCAAGAUGACGACGAUGAUCUUGAGAACGACGAUGUCAUAGUUGGAAACGACGACGUUCUUGCUGACGAGGAAGACGAAGUAGACCUCAACUCUGUUUCCCCUUCUACCUCCUCUCCUGCUACCGUCCCUGUUGCUGUCCCCUCCUCCUCUGUCGUCACCGUCGCUGUUCCCAACGGAGGUGAUCCUCCCUCUGCUUCCGUGGAGUCCGCUCCUGACUCCAAGCGUCAACGCGUUGAAACUAUGCGGGUUAUCCACCAGCGAGAAGAGAAAAAACCGCAACCGCAGCCGCAACAAAUGGAUGAAUCGAGGCGGCUUUUUCAACGAUUAUGGACGGAUGAAGACGAAAUAGUGGUCCUCCAAGGGUUUCUCGACUACACGACACAGCGUGGAAGCAGCCACUACGACACCGCUUUGUUCUACGACCAAAUCAAAUCGAAGCUUCAGCUCGAUUUCAACAAGAACCAGCUGGUUGAGAAACUACGCCGUUUGAAGAAGAAGUACCGCAAUGUCCUCAACAAAAUCAGCUCAGGUAAGGACUUCUCUUUCAAGAGCCCUCAUGAUCAGGCUAGUUUCGAGAUUUCGCGUAAGAUUUGGAGCUCCACCGGUAAAAUCGGUGUCGAAGAUGGUAAUUUGGAUGAUGAGGAAGGAAACCCUAACCCCCCUAAUUUCAAUGAUGCUGAAGUUAAAAUUGAGGAUCACAAGUCCACGCCCAGGUCACGUAAACGGUCGCGAUCACGGUCAUGUGCUGCAGCUCCUUCCGGUGUUAAAGUUGACGAUAAGCGUGUAUCAAGCGAGGCUAAUAAUGACAGCAACAAUACCAAUAACGUCAUUAAUAAUAAUAAUCAAAACGUUUCGGUUUUGAUUGAGGAGACGGUAAGGAGUUGCUUGUCGCCCUUGUUUAAGGAGCUGUUGAGUAAUUUUAUGGCUGUAGGGCCUUGUACUGGGAGAGGAAUUGGCGGGUUGGCGAUGAAUGCAAUGCCUUUGAGUUUUGGAGGAGGAGAGUUGAUGGUAGAUGAGAAAUGGAGGAAGCAGCAAAUACUGGAGUUGGAGGUGUACUCCAAGAGGUUGGAGUUGGUUCAGGACCAGAUUAAAGCACAAUUAGAGGAGUUGCGGUCCAUGGGUGGAUAGCUGAUGAUGGAUUUUUUGGAGUAAGUUUUCAUCUCACAAACAAUUUUCAUCUCACAAACAAGAUUUCUUCUUGGUCUCUUAUGCUUAUUUGGGGAGUAACUGCAAUUUUUCUUUUCUUCUUUUUUUUUUUUGUUUUUUUUUUUUUUGGGGUGUUGUGGGUGUGGUUCCGGAGGGGGAACUUGGGUGUUAUCUUUGUCUUUUUGUUUAUUAUAUAACAGUUGUUGAAUAAUGAUUUACUAAUUUAUUUAGCGGUGGAUAGUUUGUUCUA